GAGAUCCAAGUAGAAAUUGUCAACGAUACAGAUCGGGAGUUAUCUGCCCAGUGUGGGAGCCGCCGAGUCCUUGACAACCCGUCUCAGUGCACCUCAAGAUGCCUCCUCGAGUGCAGUAUAUAUAGGAAAACCAUGGAGGAAAACUGCAUUAAAGAAACAUUUGAUUCGGAGGAAGACCAACUAAAACAUGAUCUCCUUCAUGGAGGGUAUAACCUUAAUGACCUUCCAAAAGUCCCCUCCAAUGUCGUAAAAUUGUACGUCUGUGCCAGUAGGAAAGACUUUGAAAAGGAACGAGACAUUUUGAUUAAAGAAGUGUACCCCGAUCUCCGACAAUACUGCAGAGAUAACUAUGGCGUGGAUUUCCAUGCUGUCGAUUUACGAUGGGGGUCCAGAAUCGAGGAUGAUGUGUUCCAACCGAUGUUUCUCAGAGAACUUCAGCGCUGCCAGAAAGUGUCCAUGGGCCCAAACAUUCUGUGCAUGCUGUGUGAAGAUGAGGACGUGUGGUACCCCCCUAUGGAAGUAGAAAAAGACGAGUACGAAACAUUACUGGAAUUCCUAGCUUCUUGUGGUUUUGAAGACGAGGCUAUGUUUGUAGACAGAUACUACAAAGAAGACAAAAAUGGACCGACUUCAUAUUAUCACCUACAAGUGGACCUUCAACAAUCUGAUCCCGAAGAAUGGUCGUCUACACUUGGCAUACUGCAAAGAAUAUUUUUGAAAGCGUCUGAAGCAUGUCUUCAGAAAGGCAUGAUAGACACAGAGACUUAUAUGGAGUUCAAACCCAUAGGUUUGGAAAAUGAGAUUGAGACCGGAAUAAUGGCAAUUAAUCGACAACUUAGAGACAAAAACUGCAUUUUGUUUGUAAAACUGCCGUUCCAAGAUGGAAAAGAGAGCCCCGUGAAUGAUAGCAGUAGCUCGUGCACGGGGAGUAGUAGCGGUUUUCUACCCAACAAUUUGAGGGAAACGGUGCUCGAAAAUAUGAAAACAAACAAGAACGUUAUCAUUGAGUCAGCAGAGGAAAUCUCUUGUGAGAAAAGGGACUUCUGUAAUACGUUUGCCAACAAAAUAUAUUGUUCAGUGAAAGAAAUAGUGGACAGUUCAAUGAGAAAUCAAAAUCCCGUGAAGACGGAUCCUUUCUACAAUGAAGUAUACAACCAUUGGAAGUUCCUUUUAUCUUCACAUUGUCCAUUUCUCGAACGAGACGACCUCAUGUCUGCCACUAAGGAUUAUUUUUUGUCAGAGACGGAUCGACCUUUUGCAAUACUAGGAGAGGCCGGCGUUGGAAAGACAUCGGCAAUAGUUAAGAUCAUACGUGAUGUGAACACUGCCAUAUAUAACAAAGACCUGACAAUGCGUACGGCAAUAGUGUUUCGGUUUGUUGGAGAGACCCAAAUCAUCACUGCCCGUCAGUUUCUGUUCAACAUAUGUCGCCAUAUAGUGAUCUUAAUGGGAAAAGACGAAAACGAAAUCCCAACAGAUUACAAGCAAUUGAAAUACUAUUUUUCAGAACUUCUUCUGAGCGGAGAGUUUGGCGGAAUGCUUUUAAUUCUCCUGGAUUCGGUAGACUUGCUACAGGAUAACCACAACUUAGAAUGGUUGCCAAUCAAGAUUGCAGUUAAUGUCAAGCUGAUUGUUUCUUGUAGUUCUCAGAGGAAAACCUUGUGCACACAUCUGCAAGAUAGAUGCAAGGACAGUGUCCACUACAUUCAUUCAUUGGAUGCCUCGGAUUGUGUAAGAAUUUUCAGAGCUAUGCUUAGCUCAAGUUGGAGGUCUGUCACGUAUGAGCAGAUGUCUGUUGUUAAAGAUGCCUUCCAAAUAUGUACCUUACCAUUAUUCUUGUCUAUGGCAAUAGAAGAGGCAAAACGGUGGCAUUCAUAUGACAAAUUAAAGUUUUGCGUUCUUGGAGAGAAUGUCAAAGAGAACAUUACCGUCUUCUUCAAUCGAAUUAACAAAGAUCAUGGUCGCUUGUUUGUAACACAUUUCAUAGGGUACCUAACUGCCGCCAAAUUAGGAUUAAGCGAGUCGGAAUUACUCGAUAUAAUGUCGAUCGACGAGGUCUUGCUCGAAGAUGUGGAUAUGAAAUGCAGUGAGACUUCCAUAAGAAGAAUGCCAUCGUUUCUAAUGGUACGACUGAUGCACGAUCUAGAACCAUUUAUCACUGAGAGGGAAGUUGAUGGAAUACUCGUAAUAUCUUGGAAACACAAACAGUUUCAAGACGCAGCUAUGGAUAGAUACCUUAAAAACGAACAACUGGUUAAAAUGUUAUACUCAAACAUUGCUGACUAUUUCUUAGGGACAUGGUCAGGGUCUAAGCGAAAACCAUAUCGGAGCAUCGAAAACAGGGCAUUAGAUAACCUGCAAGAGGAUAUGGAUGCAUGUCGAUAUCUAUGUGAGCAACCAAAUAAAUUUGGAAAUAUAGAAGCUACCACAACGUACAACAUGAGAAAGUUUCGACAUCUGACUUUUAGUCUUCGGAAGAGUGAUCGGAUUGAAGAACUCAAGGAGCAUGCUUUGUGUAAUCUAGAUUAUAUGUUACACAGGAUAAAAUCGUCCACAAUUCAGGAACUGUUGAGCGAUUUUGAUAAUGCUCCAGAUAGGGAAAUUCGGCUUGUUGCUGAUGCAUUAAAAAUGGCUGCUCCAACUAUUGAAAAGAGUAUCAAAUGUUUAGGCGUUGAAUUGUCUGGCCGAUUGUUACAACAUGCCCAAUUUUACAAAUACAUCAGGGAGUUAGUUUACUGUUGUGACCAAUUCGCACAAAGAAACUGCCCUCUUGUUCCCAACUGCCAGUGCUACAACACACCUGGCGGGGUCCUUCAAUACAAAUUCAAUGCCGAGAGCGCUUCAAACAUCUCUUUUCACCGGAGUCCUAUUGGAAUAUUUCUAACGGCAAAAACUGCGGGGUUUCAUUCCUUGCGAGCGUGGGAAAUUUCCAGAGGGGACCCUCUUCCUGAAAUAGCGAUGCCUUUCGGUCAAAUUCAUUCGACAAAGGAUGGGAAUUUUCUGAAUGUGUUUUGCAACGAUGGAACAGUAAAAAUCUUUCGCUCUGACUGUGGAGAAUUGUAUGAUUCAAUAGACUAUAAAUACGAUGACAUCGCAAAAAUUUGCGUAUCGAAAAAAUACUUGGCUCUUGCUUUACAAAGAGAACCGGGUCCAUAUAUAAUUAAUGUUGCAGAGGCAUCACUUCUUCACAGAUUCAGUUAUCAUUCGCGAACUUUGGCCAUCAACUCAAAGGAAACGCAUUUUAUAUGCGAAUCAGGCACGACAAUUUACUUAUUUGACUUACCACAGCUAGUCCGAAGAUGCACGGGCGAAGCAAGCGAUGUUCCGCAACAAACAGUCUUGUGGGAGGACAAGAAAUGCUUCGUUGUCACCAAAAGCAAGCACGUCGAAUCAAUAACCUUUGACAUAGUCAACAAACGAUAUAAACGGAGCAAUCUGAUGACUGACAUUGACAUUCGGGAUAUGAAGCUUUCAAACACUGGAGUUGCCCUGGUCAUCAUGACUGGAAAGAGUAUUCGAUUGUUUUCAACUUGUACGGAAAAGGAGUUAAUACUCGACAACAACUUGCCAGCGUGUUGCACGACAUACCCUUCUUCAAACUACGCCAGUGUGACUUUUUCAUAUGACGACAAAUUGCUGAUUGCAAUCCGAAGCUCUUUUCUUCUCAUAUGGAAAGUAGAAACUGGAAAGUUAGCCCGCAUCUUGAAAACUGGACAGGUUGCACUUUCAAAACUUCUUACGUCUUUAGCAAACAACACGGCAGCCACACUCACUGAAGACAACUGGGUUCAUGUAUGGGAUUUGAACAACGUCGAUUCUGCAAUUACUCAUGCAAACGAGAUAUUUCCAAAUGCAAUCAGAUCAGUAAAGUGUCUCCACGGAAGACACCAAAUCGUUUGCUUUGGUUCCAAUGGAGAUGACGCAAAAAUUGUGGACAGCGGUUCUGGACAUAUCUGUAAUAUUUUACGCGACAACGAUGACGUCGGUCAAGUUCAUGAAUUGGUAGUUUCCAGAGAUGGUUCUUACAUCAUCACAAGAUUAGCUACCCAAACCUCCAAAGAUGAAACUUUCAGAAAUGUUCUUUUUGAUGAUGUUUUAUGGGAUGUGCGAAGUGGAAAUAAGAUUCGCCACGUGUUUGAUAGUCGCUUUGUAGCGUUUUCACAAAAUUGCAAAACACUGAUAUUCGUUACUUCUGUCAAUAUAUCCGAGAACUGGAUGAAUAAUGUUUACAACCUAGAAACCACCGCUCUCGACUCUGACUUUAAUUUCCUGUGUGAGUUUCCCGAAAGGACUGAGUUUUUGACAACGCCGUGUGUAGUGUCCGAAGAUGAAUUUAGUUACAUGGUUGGGAUUGUGAAAACGUGCGAACCUGACUCACCCGAGAAAGAAACUGAAAACGAUUUUGUGACGCGGUUACUUGUUAGAGGUCUAUUUAGUCCUUCGGCAUCAUAUAGAAUGAUAAAAAUCAAAGACAUUGUCUCCAACUUAGAUGAAAACAGCAUUUUUAUUGACGCUUUUCCAUUUCAAGAGUGCAGCUGUUUAGUCGUGUAUGAAACGAGAGCGAACCUCAAAACUUCCAGUGCGGUAAAAUCGCUUCAGAAAGGGGCAGUGCUAUACAAUGUGGAGAAAGAAGAGUGUCUACGCCAUUUCACCUCAUUCCUGGAACCAGCAACUGACAUAUCCUUGAUUUCAUUUUCCUCUAAUAAACAAGUCAUUCUUGACAGUCAAGGAACAGUAUUUUCCAUCGAAUCCGACUACAAAGUUUCAAACACGCGCAUAAAAAGCAUAAACUUGAAAUUCCCAUGUCUAGCAUUGAAAGGACAGUAUAUUGUCGGACUUUCUAAAGACUUUUCAGAGAUACAAGUCUAUCGCGUCAGUGAUGGUUUUCAGAACGCAAAAAUACCUGUCCAUGGUCGUGGAAGCUGUCUGAGCGUGGGUUACGACGACAGAACGAUCGCCGUGGGCUGUGAAGAUGGAAGAGUCAUGAUAUGGACUCUGAUUCUACACCUGAGUGACCCCAUGAUCGAAGUCAUUUCCAAACUCCCAAGUCGAAUUCACAUUCCUCAUAAAGUUGAAGAAAACCAGAAUGGAGCUUUGUUGGAAAGUGAUAUUGACUACAUUACAAGUCGAAGCGUGCCAAAUAAGACGGUGCCUAGUCCGGCUGACGUGAGGAGACCCCCGAGUCAUCAGACCGUGUCCACGGCGGUGUAUCUGACACAACAGUCCAGUCUAGGGAGAGAAACGCCGUGUAACAUCCAAUAGAUAACGUUUUGUGGUUGUGUUGGUGUUUUAUAGCUGUGAUAGAGUUUGUGCCAAUUUGUAAUCAAAAUGAUAUUUAUGUGAUAUAUAUUUAGUGAUAUACAUUAUUAUAUUUUUUACAUGUAGCGAUUGGAAUGUAUUAAAGAUGAACAUGUUUUU